AGCAUGCUUGCAACCUGGCUUUUUAUAUGGUUCAUGUCGAUACUCGUCGUCGCCGCAACUCCGAGUCCAAAAUCACUCCUCCCACGCCAACGGCCAUCAUGGGCCACGGACGUUCCUUGCUCUUUUUCCAUCACAGUCCACGAGACCUGCUCCGACUCUUUAGAUGGCGCCAACAGCACGCACAACGCGACCUCAAAACUGACCACGUCGGUCACCGUUUCUUCGAUUCGUAAUAGCACGGGCGAUGAACUUUACAUUCGCGUUAUUGAAAAAGAGUCCGAGCCUUUCCUUGAGCCGCUAUCACCGCUCUCCUCAUUCAACCUUACAAGACCGACGGUGGAAAACCACUUUAUUAGGUUUCUAUGGGACCAAGAAAUCAAAUUCCUGAGGACGGGGUUACGUCGACGUGAGAAAUAGGACGAUGAUGUUGUUCAACACGCGGUCGUGCGGUUGGGAUGAUGGUGUGGGGUCCCCG